CCUGUCUGCAGAGGCCCGCCUUCCUCCCCGUCCAGAGCCCAGGGGUUGCUGUGGCUGCAGCUUUCCGCCUCUCCCUGGGGGCCUCCCCAGGCGUGGACCUCUGAAGCUAUCGACAGCGUCUGGCUCGUGGGCGAGGGCCUGCAGGUUUCCUCCAGCUAGGGAGGACGCAGAGCAGAGGCGGAGGCAGCAGCAGUUUCAGGCCCUAGGCCCCGCGGGCUGGGUCGGGUGAAGCGCGGCCAUCAUUCGCCAUCAAGGGCGCGCGCGGCCCUCUUGGGACCUCGCCGGCGACCCGUAGCUCGGGCACGCGCCUGUCGCAGCCCGCAGGAAGGAGGGGUCCAGCCUGAGGCCCGGCCACCAUGGAGCUCUCCUCGGCCCAGGUCUGGCGUCUGGGGCCCUGGGGGCGGCCCUGACCGCCCUCCUCCCUGCCCGGCCUGGAUCGCUGACCUGCCCUCCGCGGCAUUCGGCCACCUCUGCGUCUCCGCCCUCCCCUGGCCGCGCUGCUGCCUGGGCGCGGCGGCGGCGGCGGCGCCCUGUUGAAUGGGCUGUGAGGGCCCAGGUUUGAAGCGCUGGCGAACGCGGCCUCCAGGGGCGCAAGGCAGCAGCAGCGGUGGCGACCAAACGGGUGUUGGAGUUGGCAGCGGCCAUGGAGGGCCUGGCUGGCUAUGUAUACAAGGCGGCCAGCGAGGGCAAGGUGCUGACUCUGGCCGCCUUGCUUCUCAACCGGUCUGAAAGCGACAUCCGCUAUCUGCUUGGCUAUGUCAGCCAGCAGGGAGGGCAGCGCUCCACGCCCCUCAUCAUCGCAGCCCGCAACGGGCACGCCAAGGUGGUGCGCUUGCUGUUAGAACAUUACCGGGUGCAGACUCAGCAGACCGGCACUGUCCGCUUCGACGGAUUGAACCAGGAAAUACAUGAGUUUAGUUUUGUGAUCAGAAAUGUUAUCUUUUAUUGUGAAAUGUUUCCAUCAUCUGGUGCAUACAUUUUGUUUAAAAGGUAUGUCAUUGAUGGUGCCACCGCUCUUUGGUGUGCAGCAGGGGCAGGACAUUUUGAAGUUGUUAAGCUUCUAGUCAGUCAUGGAGCCAACGUGAACCAUACCACAGUAACUAACUCAACCCCCCUACGGGCAGCAUGCUUUGAUGGCAGAUUGGACAUUGUGAAAUACUUGGUUGAAAAUAAUGCCAACAUCAGCAUUGCCAACAAGUAUGACAACACCUGCCUAAUGAUUGCAGCAUAUAAAGGACACACUGAUGUAGUCAGAUACCUUUUAGAACAACGUGCUGAUCCAAAUGCUAAAGCACAUUGUGGAGCCACAGCAUUGCACUUUGCAGCUGAAGCUGGGCACAUAGAUAUUGUGAAGGAACUGAUAAAAUGGCGUGCUGCUAUUGUAGUGAACGGCCAUGGGAUGACGCCAUUAAAAGUAGCUGCUGAAAGCUGUAAAGCUGAUGUUGUCGAACUGUUGCUCUCUCAUGCUGAUUGUGACCGAAGAAGUCGGAUUGAAGCUUUGGAGCUCUUGGGUGCCUCCUUUGCAAAUGACCGUGAGAACUAUGACAUCAUGAAGACAUACCACUAUUUAUAUUUAGCUAUGUUGGAGAGGUUUCAAGAUGGUGAUAACAUUCUUGAGAAAGAGGUUCUCCCACCAAUCCAUGCCUAUGGGAAUAGAACUGAAUGUAGAAAUCCUCAGGAACUGGAAUCCAUUCGGCAAGACAGAGAUGCUCUUCAUAUGGAAGGCCUUAUAGUUCGGGAACGGAUUUUAGGUGCCGACAACAUUGAUGUUUCCCAUCCCAUCAUUUACAGGGGAGCUGUUUAUGCAGAUAACAUGGAAUUCGAACAGUGUAUCAAGUUGUGGCUUCAUGCCCUGCACCUCAGACAGAAAGGUAACAGGAAUACCCAUAAGGAUCUUCUUCGAUUUGCCCAAGUUUUUUCACAGAUGAUACAUUUGAAUGAAACUGUGAAGGCCCCAGACAUAGAAUGUGUUUUGAGAUGCAGUGUUUUGGAAAUAGAACAAAGUAUGAACAGAGUAAAAAAUAUUCCAGAUGCUGACGUCCACAGUGCUAUGGACAAUUAUGAAUGUAAUCUCUAUACUUUUCUGUAUUUAGUGUGCAUUUCCACCAAAACACAGUGCAGUGAAGAAGAUCAGUGCAAAAUUAACAAGCAGAUCUACAACCUGAUUCACCUUGAUCCCAGAACUCGUGAAGGUUUCACCUUGCUGCAUCUAGCUGUCAACUCGAAUACCCCAGUUGAUGAUUUCCACACCAAUGAUGUCUGCAGCUUUCCAAACGCACUUGUCACAAAGCUCCUGCUGGACUGUGGUGCUGAGGUGAAUGCUGUGGACAAUGAAGGGAACAGUGCCCUUCACAUUAUCGUUCAGUACAACAGGCCCAUCAGUGAUUUUUUGACCUUGCACUCUAUCAUCAUUAGCCUAGUUGAAGCUGGCGCUCACACCGACAUGACAAAUAAACAGAAUAAGACUCCGCUAGACAAAAGUACAACUGGGGUAUCAGAAAUACUACUUAAAACUCAAAUGAAGAUGAGUCUCAAGUGCCUGGCCGCCCGGGCAGUUCGGGCUAAUGACAUUAACUACCAAGACCAGAUCCCCAGAACUCUUGAAGAGUUUGUUGGAUUUCAUUAAGUGACUGGAUAUGUAAAAUCAUUUAAUGUGGUGCUAAAAAGUAAAGGACUUUAAUCACAGACAAUAGAAUUAUGUGUUCAUAAAAUCUGCUUUUCUUUCCACUACCCUUCCUCCCUACUUAUCCUUCCUUAGUUUUGUAUUUGGUCUUCUUGCCUCAUAUGGUUACUGAUUUCAAAUACACUUAAACAAAACCACAUUGUUUAGGUGUAACUAUAAGGUGUUUGGAUAUUGAUCACUUAACUAUUUUUCAUUUUUUUUAAAGGAAUGAAUAUAAAAUAUUUUGUUUAUGUAACAAGGGCCCUUAUGAUUUGAAGUUGAUAAUGUUUAAAAAAAAAACUGCCUAGAAAAGUAUUUCUGUUAAGCCUGUGUCAGCAUGUUAUUCUCUGCAGCAGUUUUGAGGAUUUCAUGAAGAAAAACAAUGAAAAGGAACAUUAAAAGUAAUGGAAUAUCUAGAUGUUCUGUACAUGCCAAACUGCUAGAGGUAGUUUUCACUCUUCCAUUAUUUAUGUGAAGAGAUCAACGCAUUAUAACAUCAGGAGGAUUUUUAAACAUAUAACUGCAGAUUAAUCUGAAAAAUGUGCUAACUUAAUAAUAGUUACAAAUUUAUAAAGUUAAAUCCAUUGAAAUUGUUAAAUUAUGCUAGGUGGUACAUACACAGCAGUAAUCUUAAAGCAACUUUUCAGAGAAUAUUGAUGGACUAUUUGCCUUUGGGCUUGGAUUCUAAAAUGUGUGGAAGUCUCUGUUUUAAUGUAAUUAAUCUAAAUUGCAGAAGUCUGCAUUUGACUUAGCUCACAGACAUGUAAAAAUUAUGAAUGCUGUGUUCUCUCUUAGGAAACAAAUUGUCACAAUAUAGUUAUAUGUUCUUCUUUUGUCCCCUUCUCCCUUUCCUCUUGUGCGGUAUCUUUUAAAAUUGGAAACUACUUUUCCAGAGGGCAUUAUUUGUGCCUCCCUAAGAAGGUUUUUAUGACAGAUGAAAAGGAACUGGGAUAUUUUUAAUUUUUUCACUUUAUUCAGUCUGUGACAAGUAGAAAAAUCACUAGUGUGGUAUAGGAAAUUCAGUGUUUUUGAUAAUAAAAAUAAUUCUCAAUGCCAUUUGGAAAGAUAUUUCUGCCUGAGGGCAGCAAAUUUUGGAACCACAAAAUGUCACUUAUUCCGACAGGCUGUACAGAGGUCUUUAUGGGGUUUUUUUGUUUGUUUGUUUUGUUUUAAUGGCAACAUUGUAAACUGUCAAAUUAAAAGAAUAUCCUGUGAUUAUCUUUUAAGCAUCACAGAAAUUCAAGUAAAGGGUACACACCUAUUUCUUUCAAUGUUAAAAAUGAUAAAGAAGAUGAAAUUAGCUAUAUCUGUAUUUUUCUCUCUAGUGCCAAAUGAAUGCCUUAGCUACUCAUAGUGCAUGGUACUGUAAGUGAAGGCCUGCAGCUUUUCUUCUUUAAUGAAAAGCAUUAUAAUGAUGCAGCAACAUCAGACAUAAACUAAACAAAACAACAACAAAAACCACUGGUAAGGUUUCAGUUAACACUUUAUGUAUGGAAAUUGCUUUGUGAAGUGUAAGAAAAAGGUUGCAGCCGGAUCAGUAUAAAACAUAAUGACUAAGCCAAAAUCAGCACCUAGGGCCUUAAAUAAAAUAGAUACCCCAUGAAAUGAAACACUCUGAAGGAUAGGAGGGAAUGGAUGGGGGUACUUUAAAAACUUCUUCCCCCAAGAACGCAAGAUAAUUUUACUGUGCUGUAGUUAUACUUCACAUGUCUUCUUGCUUCAGUUAGGAAUGUUUUGAUGGUAAAUUCUGUCAUAGUAAUAUAUUUCUGUUUUCCUAACCUGAGAUUUUUACAAGGAAGGUUUUUUGAAUGAGCCCUAAUUUGAAAGUUACUGGCCUUGAUCUUCCUGGUGUGAAUCAGGGAACUACUAUACCUUGCUCUUGGCAACUCUCAUGGCCUGAAGGAGAAAAUGCUCAUCCUCCAGGUGAGUGAAUCACGCCUUUUUCACAGCUCAGAUCAGACCCUGUAUUUUUCAC